GCGGUAGUGAUUUCCUGCGAUAAUUUUGACGAUGUGAUACUAUCGAAGGAGGACGAACAAAAUAAGAUGACAUUAUAUAAAAAGUCUUCAAGCCAAAGACAUACCUGACAAGUAACGUACAUAAAAAAUUUGGACUUUAAAAAUGCAGACAAAGAUUUAAAUUACACGAGGAUUCCCAUCCGAAUUUCAAUAGUCCUCGCCCAUGCACUGACGUCAAACUUAAGGGCAGCCGCACGAGAUUUCCAUGCAUAUUUGGCCCCCUUAGCAUCAGACUCAAAGACAGACUAUGUACCAGGAAUGUUCACCUUCACCCUGAGGAAGCUUCUUUACCUCUACUGCUGUGUCUCCGCCUUCAUCAUCUUCUGGCUUCUCAAUUACCAUGUUACUGAUAAAGGAGAGGAUGAUGUUUUAGAGGAAAGACUUGAAGUCCUGCAAAAAAGACUGGAUAAUAAACAGAAGUUACUGGAAGAAUCAAAGCAGAAAGUCAAAGACUAUGAAGAGAAGCUAUAUAAAUGUAGAAUGCUUAAGCCAUUUCAGAAAUCAUUCAACACAUCUCUCCCUAUAAUUUAUUUAAUCACACCUACAUAUGACAGAAUUGAACAAAAGGCAGAACUAACACGUCUGUAUUACACCUUGCUUCAUGUGCCUAAUAUACACUGGAUAUUAGUGGAGGACUCUGAGAGAAAAACUGACAAAGUUCAACAUUUUUUGGCAAACUGUAAAAUACCUUACACUCAUCUUAAUGUUGCCACCCCACAGCAAUUAAAGCUGAAGAGUUCUGACCCCAACUGGCUGAAGCCCAGAGGAGUCCUACAGAGAAAUGCGGGACUGACGUGGAUACGGGGGUCCCUUGAUCCAAACAAGGACAAGGGAGUCGUGUAUUUUGCUGAUGAUGACAACACAUACAGUUUAGAACUUUUUGAGGAGAUGCGUCUCACUAGGAAAGUUUCUGUGUGGCCUGUGGCAAUGGUAGGGGGGUUGAGAUUUGAGAGUCCAAUCUGUGAUAAAAAUUCAGUAACUGGCUGGGGAGUGUACUACAGACCAACAAGGCCAUUUCCUAUUGAUAUGGCCGGCUUUGCUGUAAAUCUCCAGCUGUUCUUUGAUCACCCCAAUGCUUGGUUUAGUAAUAAUGUACAGCGAGGCUACCAAGAAUCCACCAUUCUCAAACUGCUAGAUGUUACAAUGGCUGACUUAGAACCCAGAGCAGACAAAUGCACCAAGAUUUUAGUUUGGCAUACACGAACAGAAAAAUAUAACCCCAAAAAUGAAGCUAAAUGGAAACAGAAAACUGGGAGAGGAACAGAUCCAAAUGUAGAAAUAUAGGAAGAUCACAAGAUGUCUGACAAAGAAACUGUUUUAAUAAAUUCUUUUUAUAUCUCUGUAUUUAAUGGUGCCAUGUUAUUUUGAAAGUUUGCAUGUUUAUGCAUGCAUUUUAGAAGUAGGCUCAACAUAUGGUGAUGAGAUAUUUCAGAGUACAAUUGUUGAUAUUUUGUUUAUAACUGUUUAUGACAGAGAGCUAGUGUGAGUUAUAGUGAUAUGAUUGGAUAACCCAGAAUACAUGCCUGUAAGGAGUUGGGGAACACAUUUUGCUAGCUUUAACACAUACAUAUACACACAUGCACAGCCCUGUCACCAUUUGUCAGAUUUUUUUCCCAGGGACCUGAGAUGAUGUACAUAUCUUUUCAUAUCUAUAGCAAUGACCUCAAUGAAUUAUGCAUUCCCUGAUAGGAAUUAUAUUCAUGUAACUGUCUGUAUAAAUAUUACUUAUGGUGCAAGAUCAUUUCACUUGAGGGUGUUAACUACAACAAGGCGUGCAAUCUAUCAUGUAUUAAACAAGAACUCUCAAGUUUGAUCCAUUCAUAUUUAUUUUGACACAGGUUUGAUCAUUUCUUCAGUACAUUUACAUAUAUGUGCAUGUUAAACCUAAUACUUGAAAGACUUUUAAAGAACAGUGUUUUGUAAUUUAAAUUAAACAUUUUCACCAUCAAUGCUAAGAAAUUCUGUUAAAUCAUCAUGCAGGUUCAUGUAGAUGUAUUUUGUCUUAACUAAAAGCAUUUCUGCUUCUUACAAUUAACUGUCAAGAAUUCUUUUUUGAUGUAAGGGUUUAUUACUUGUACACAAGUUGUUACAGUAACAUUAAAAGAUGAAAUAUGA